UUGCUAGGCGUCCCCAGCAGUAAACAGGACAGGAAGCACGACCGCCGGCCACCCACAAGCCCCUCCCAAAUCCGAAGAACACGUCCCCACUCUCACUGCUGUCGCUGCCGUCGCCGCCGCCGCCGCCGCUCGCCGAAGAAUCGUCUCCUCGCCCGCGGGGCGCCGCCGUCGAUCGCUCCGGAUUCCGCUCCGGAUUUCGCCUCCCCGCCCGCCUCCCGCCCGCCGGCGCCGUCGACGAGCCGACCGCGACGAGCUCGUGAGGAUCGCCAAGAAGUGCCAUGCGAUGCGCUUUAAGCAACUGACGAAAGGCUGAAGAACACGUCGCGUAUGCGGUGUAACAGAUCAGUCAGGAAUAUCAUCAACAACCACUUUUCAGAGGACCAGCUAAUUCACAGACCGGUUUACGACCGGUUUACGACUUCCCUGAUAACAGGAUCGCAAAGAAAUGCCAUGCCAUGCGCGCUUGAAGAAACUGACAAAAGGCUGAAGAACACGUCGCGUAUGCGGUGUAACAGAUCAGGCGGGAAUAUCGACAACCGCUUUUCAGAGGACCAGCUAAUACACAGACCGGUUUACGUCUUCCCUGAUAACAGGGACAGUCCAUUUACGGUGCUUUCUCUUGGGCACAGUUCAGAUUGGAAAUUGGCACCGUUUUCAUCUAGCAGACAGGAGGUCAACAGGACAAGAUAUUUGACAUUAGGAACUGCUGCUACAGAGGGCUUUGAGUUACUAUUCCCACAGCCAACAAUAGUAUGCUGGCUAGAUCUGCCGAAUGAAAAGAACAUGCAUGAUCAGGACAUUUCUUCUAAACCACUUCCCAAUGGAGGAGGCACUUUAGGACAACAUCGGCAAAGGAAAAAGAUUAAGAAGUCAUUGACAGCUUGCCCUCCCUGCCACGUGGUUGCAAGUACCUCUGCUGGGCCUGAUACUGCUCCUCUGGGAUCUGAUUCUGAUAUUUUGCAUGACGAUGAUAAGCCUCCUAAAAGGAGUUCCAAGAAGAAAGUAAACAAGUGGAAACAGUGCAGGCGAGCAACCGGUGAAAAGCUUAAUUUGUUACCAGAACUCCCCUGUGAAGAGCAUAUUGAUGCCGCCUCUCCUGUUGAGCUAUUUCUGCCUGAUUCAGUGGCUGAUAAAUUGUCAGAUGCCUCAUCCUCUGCCUGCUCACUGGUUAAAGAUGCCCAUUUGGUCAAAGAUAAUGGUGAGAGUAACAAUGAAUAUGUGAAACACGGAAGUGGUGGGAAGGAAGGCUCUGAAUGUGCAGGGUCAUCUAAUAUAACUGUAGGCGAAAGAGUUAGCUGCAAAGGUGCUCCUUACCUGAAUGAUGGGCCAAAUACUGCGGAUUCUUCAGAAUUUGGUGGACCUUCUGUCACUGAACAUGCAUGUUCACAUGCGAGAGAAGAAAGCAAUAGCUGCCAGAAGUCAUUGUGUGCCUGUGUUUGUAACUCCAGUGAUGCAACAGCACCUUCAUUCUUUACGGGUUGGAACAGUGAAAACCGUGGGGACUGCAGUAUUGAUUUUGAGGGAAAUACACGAGAUGGUUUGCAACAUGGCGCUUCUACUUGUCUGGAUAGUGUGAAUAAUGCAUGCCAUUUGACAGAUGUCCAUUUAAGUGGUGCUCAUGCUGAAGAUGUUACUGAUACUAGUAGUCAUUCUGAAAGAGUUCAGUGCAGCAGUGAAGCCUGUAGCAGCACGACGUUUCUUCCAGCUAGUCCGGGGAGGGGUGGCAGAAAAUCAAGAAACAAAUCUAGCUGUAUUAAUAUGACUGCGACUAAUAGGGUAGUAGGUUCUAAUAGGCACAAGCAUAGUGGAAAAGACAAUCCAGUUUCUGUGUGGCAGAAAGUAGAAAAACCUGACAAGGAAAACUCAUCUGGAGCAGGACAUGUGGCUGUUUCAGCAGUUGAGGAUAAAAGUGCACUAGAAGAUGAUAGCAAGGGUGUGCAGCACGAUCCAAAUAGGCCAAUGGAUAAACAUCGUUGUAGAAAAACAUGCAAACAGCACAAGAAGCAAACCCCGCUUCUGUAUGAACAAACAAGUUUGCCUUGUAAAAAGGGUGGUUGUCCGUCGCCGAGGAACUACUACGCUCCUAAGAAUGGUAGCCCCAAGACACCCAAGAACCACUCGCAGCAGACUGAAGGAUUGUUGAUGUUACAGCCAGCAUGUGCCAGGGACAUCAGUGAUGCAUCAAUCACAACUGGUACUGAAAAAGCAACACUAGCAUCUUACAACCUGGAUUCUCACUUGGUGCCACAGGCUACAUCCAAGGAACCAUGCACAUCGGUCAUUCAAGACGAUAGUCACUCUCUUUGGCUUGAAAAUAAGGCCAUAUCAACAGAUUUGGACUCCAGGAACUUGUGCGUCGAUCCUUGCGCUGCAGAAAUGGAAGAAGCCCAAUGUGUGAAGUCAUAUUCUGCUGCUGGGCACAUGUCACAUAAAUGGGUUCCUAUCAGAAAGAAAGAUAUAACCCAUUUGGAUCUUCUGGAGGCUUCUGUUGUUGAAGCAUCAGUUCCAGCUAAUGAUGUUUCUGUUUCUGCUAUUAUAGACGUGCAGAGAAAUGUUUCAGAUGCUCCUGCAUCAACUAAAUGUGAAGGCAGCAAAGUUGCUACUGAGUUGACUGCUAAACCGAAGUUAUCUGGACGGCUUGAUUCGAAAUGCCAAGGACAUACUGACAAUGGAACUGUUUUCAGCAAGAUAAGAGAGGCGGUGAGUGAUGCUCAUAGGGCCCAACAGAGUGCGAAAGAUAUUCAACUUCACAUUGGCAGGCCUCUUGCCGAUUUUGAACAAUUUAUUUACUCUGCUUCUCCAGUUCUGCACUGUAGCUCUUGCCCUACUGGCUGCAACUCUUCUUCACAGGAAUGGAUUAGAGAUGGCUUGUGCUGUCAUCAGACUGCAGAUAUCUCUCUAAGUAGCAUUUGGCAGUGGUAUGAAGAACCUGGCUGCUAUGGCUUGGAAGUGAAGGCACAGGAUCUCCGUAGAUCGAAAGGCUUAUGGAAUAGUCGUUAUCAGUUUAAUGCCUACUUUGUGCCAUAUCUAUCUGCCGUUCAAUUGUUUCGGCAGCCUAAGAGAACUGUUGAUAAGGAUGAGGCCGAUACAGGUGCAAGAUCUAAAACAUCUCCAUGUAUGAGCUCUCUCCCAAUACUAGCGAAGCUUCUACCUCAAGAGUCUAAUAAAAGAAAUAGCUCGCCGGCUUUCCAUGUUAAAGAUGAUCAGCAGUUGGAGACUACAGAGCUCAUAUUUGAAUUCUUUGAAUCUGAACAACCAUUUUGGCGGCGACAAUUAUUUGACAGGGUAAAGGAGUUGAUUGCUGGUGCGAAACAAUCCAAUUGCCAAAUAUCCGGAGACCCGAAGAAUCUGGAGCUCAACCUGCAUGAUCUUCAUCCCGCCUCUUGGUACUGCGUCGCGUGGUAUCCCAUAUACCGUAUACCUGACGGGAAAUUCCAGGCUGCUUUCCUGACGUACCAUUCUCUUGGACACUGGGUUCAUCGAGGAAGCUCAUCAGACCAGGCUGUUUUGCCAGUGUUGGGUUUGCAAUCUUACAACGACAAGGGGGAGUGGUGGUUCCAGACGAGCAGAUCCGGUUCAGAAGACGCCGAUUCCUCGUCAAGCGAACCAUCUCAGGUUCUCCAAGAAAGGUUGUCGACGCUGAACCAAGCCGCGGCGGCCAUGGCCAGGGCCGACGUGUGGAAGGAGGACCAGAAGCGCAGAAACAGGCACCCCGACUACGAGUUCUUCCUGUCCCGGCAGCAACGGUAGACAGACGGCUCGAGGCUUCUUGCGCGCACCAUGUUUCAUAACGCUGACGGACAAACGCACCAUGUUUCCCCUGUAAGCAGAAGCAAGCAUGCGGACUGAGCGGCGCCGUCUGCCUGUGUUGCCACCCUGUGUAUAUUUGAGAUAGAGGUACAUGUCAUGUGGAGGUGCUGCUCAAUUGAAAGUGAAACCAGACCAUGAAUGUCUAGCUGCUCACUGCUUACUACUGUAGUGUAGUUGGGGUUCAUGUCAUAGGUGCAAAACCCCCUUUUUAAUCUAAUUAGAUUGAUUACUCGUGUGGCGUGUGUACAUACAUAUAUAUGUGCCUGUAACUCGCUCAACUCAGCCCAGCCCUGUAUCUAACUCUGUAGCCGCAUGACAUAAUAUAGAUGUGAUCAACAAGUAUGCAGGAAAUUAAUUACCAGGAAA